AGCAGAAGCAAAAUUUCGAUUCGGUGGUCGCAUCAAUUCCGUGCGUGUACUUCUGUCAUCGGUGUGUCCUAAGCUGUGAUAUACUAGUGGAACUGUGUGUCGUUUUUAGCGAAAUCCGGCUGCCAGGGAUAGCUUUCGAUCGCCGGAAGUGCUGUUAGCGGAUUGCUUAGUGCCCCUGGAAUAGUGAUUUUAGUCCAGGGCUGACUGAAGAAGAUUUUCGCCGCUCGUCUACACUGGCUGGCUCUGGUGGAUUUCGUGAGCUGCUGGUGUGAAGCCCUGAGUUUCAGGACUUUCCGUGUGGGUGGGAGUAAACCGCAGGCUUUUUGUGUGCUGUCUGCCCAAACGGGCCCAGAGAAGUUCAUCAGGGGGCCAGCUAUCGCCUGCCUGCAUUCAAGUGUUGUGAUUCUUUGUACAUGUGAAUUGGUGUUUGUUCAAAGAAUUUAUUCCUGUGAAUCUAUCCUGACAUCCUGUAGAAUUUCUGCUCCACAGUUUCUUGAAACCGGAAAAUUCAAGCAUACAUUAAAGUACCGUGUUUGUACCACAACUUCUGAGCCUGAAGCCUGUAGCGAAGUGAACGAUUCGUACGCUCGAGUGUAAAAAUUAUCGAAACGGACUUUGCUUUGCCGCGGACUAGUUGCAAGGUUUUCGAAGAAAAGUUGGAAACUAAGUGCAGUGUGUGUGUAUGUGCUCUAUCAGCCAUCGACUAGAAGCGUUCUGAAUAAGCGAAUCGCUAGAAACCGGAAGGCGAAAGGAGCGACCCAGUGCGAGGGCGAGACUGUUAUCAACCUAGCACCGGAAGGCUUGUAUUUCUCUACACGCUAGUCAACAGUUGUUUUUUUUUGUUCGUAUUGCUGCUAAAAGGUGGAAACAUUUGACCGAAAGAUAAAAUCGAAGCUGUCUGCUUAACGGCAAAACAAAAAUAGUGCUAUCAAGUUUUCUACUUCCCAAUAUAGAACUUUUAUGCCCAAUAAGUGUAGUUCAAGUUGAUGUAUAGUUGAUAAUCGAUUUUUAAACCAAGAACGUAGUGCAAGUGUUUAUUUUUCUACUUCAACGAUAUCGAUAACCAGUGUAGUCCAAACUCAAAGUUAGUAACAUAAGCUGUUUGUUAAGAUAUUCUAAAGUUUCUGAAUAACGCUGUUGAAACGUAUGAGUAAAUGUUAUAGCAUAAUCGAUUCUUAAGAUAAACGUUGGAACCCAACAUUCUAGAACAAAUUUGCAACGUUUGUGCAACUAAGAGAAGAAACAUCUAGUGGGAAACCCUUCGAAGUAAACCCCGUGAACCUUCAUCCCGUGCUAAAUGGGUGAUUUUCUGUAUGGUGGUUCGGUACUGACAAGCGAAUCCUGCAUAUCCGGUCAAUCGCUGCUGGAUACACUGAGUAUUAACAAUCUGCUCAACAUCAAACACCUUGCCGCAAACGGGUCCACUGGAAACGGAAUCACAGCGGGUGGUUUGAGUUCAGAUCUGUCGGACAACGUCAUCGAUAACAAUAACUGCAGCACCAAAUCAUUGAAAUCGUCCAACAUGACUGCAACGAGUUGUGCCCAAAGUGUUGGGGAUAGCACUAUCGACGAAUGUUCUGGGCUUUUGAUAUCCAGCUCCCAGAUUGCAUCGAGUAAUUCGAUUGUCUCGAUUCCCACCAUCACGACCGCCAUCAGUUCUGAGUGUUCGCUUACUGCAUCGAACGUCAAUUCGUUGGCAUUACAGCUGACGACUCCGCAUUCGGACGACGAUACUUCGACCUCUUCACUGCUUAACGGUGGAGGUUCGGUCGCUUCUCCAAUUGCAUCGCUCAACAAUAAUAACAACAACCCGAACGCAACCAACAACAACAUUCUUGUUGAUAGCUCCGAACUACAUCUUCCGAGUGCCGAAGAGCUCAAUCUCAAGGCCAGUGAUCUGGGUUGCCUCAGCGUUUCCUCCGGUUUGAUCAACGGAGGAGGUUCAUCGUCGCACAUGAUCCUUCCACCAAAUGGACUCAACUUUGGAUCCAGUGCUUCUGAUCACUGCAGCCCUUGGUCAACCAGUAUCGAAGACAGUGUAGCGAGCUCGCAUCUAUCCAUGAACGGUGGUCUCGGUGGAUUUCAAAACUUUUCCAGCAACCAUCUGUACAACGGGGCUGCAGUGGCUGCAGCAGCUGCAGCAGCAGCCGCCCAGCAGCAACGCCGUGCCAUCACCGGUGGAUUCCCUCACCAUGGUCUAUCUCCAACAAGCUCCAACCCUAACCACAUGAUGCAGGCUCACAACCUCCAGAACCCUUCCCAACAAUCACAGUUUAAAAACUCCUAUCCAACCUGGUCCAAUCCCUCGUCCUCAACACCCUGGUCCCAGCAACACCAAAAUCAAGCACCGCAACAGCAACAGCAGCAUCAACCAAAUUCCGUUUCAACCUGGAACCGCGGACGUUCCGUUCCCAAUAUGAAUCUUGGCAAUGGAUCCCUAAACAAUAUGCACCCCCGCAACAAACCCCACAACCAAUCCCAACAAUCCCUAUCACCCUACGCCAAUCACCUGCAACAGCAGCAGCAGCAACAACAUCAACAGCAGCAACAUCAACAGCUAUCAGCCGCGGCUGCUCUUAUCAACAACUCGCCGUCCAAAUAUCGGCGGAGCACCUCGUACCCAACGUCUGCUGCGGCUGCAGCUGUCAAAUCUUCGAGCGGCCUGCUCUCGAAUGCUAUCGCUGCGGCAGCCGCUGCUGCUGCUGCCGCCAACGGUGGUGGUGGUGCUUCUUGUUCUUCGUCUAGUGGUGGAAUCAGUGGUGCCAAUGGUAACAAUGGGGCAAACAGUGUUGUCGGUGGUGUUGGUGUUGGAGUGUCCGGUUUCGGCAGCCCGCUGGAUGUGGUCCAGCUGGACGACGCCCGGGAUCCGUUCCUGUCUGCUUAUCAGGACCGCAACACCGGAUUAAGCAAUGGAUUAGAUAUGCGUUCUUUGGAACACUGCCUCAGCGAUAUCAUGCGGAACGUUGGCGACGUCGGAUCACAGCCAGUCGAUCAUCUGAAAGGAUUUUUAAACUGCAACACAAACACGCUACAAUCGUUGGCCCAACUGCAUGGAAAACUUGACUUCCAAGAAUUCAUACCAGGCAAACCGUUCUUCUCCGGUUUGGAUGAACACAUUUCGUCUGAUGAUACCGGCAACGGGGGCGUAGGCGCCGGAGGGUACAACCUCCACGGCGGCCAGAACCACCAUCAACAGCAGCAGCAGCAUCAUCACCACAGCCAGCACCAUCACAACAACCAUCAUCACCAUCACCACCAUCCGGGAGGGCAUCAUCAGCUGGGUACGUUAGGCGGCUCCCCGGCUCGUUCCUCGCCGCACUCGAACGGCUCGGAACCGACGGAACGCUUCUCGCGGAAGGUGUUCGUCGGGGGACUGCCACCGGAUAUUGAUGAAGAGGAAAUCACCACGUCAUUCAACCAGUACGGACCACUAGUCGUCGAUUGGCCGCAUAAAGCAGAAUCCAAAUCCUACUUUCCUCCGAAGGGAUACGCGUUUCUGCUGUUCCAGGAGGAACGCAGCGUCCAGAAGCUGAUCGAAACCUGCCACCCGGAGGACGAUAAGCUGUACAUUACGGUUUCGUCGCCGACCAUUAAAAAUAAGGCUGUUCAGAUCCGGCCCUGGCGGUUGGCCGACGCCGACUACGUUCUGGACGCCUCGAUGCCGCUGGAUCCUCGCAAAACCGUAUUCGUCGGCGGCGUUCCGAGACCGCUGAAAGCCUACGAACUAGCCAUGAUCAUGGAUCGCUUGUACGGGGGAGUCUGCUAUGCAGGUAUCGACACGGAUCCGGAGUUGAAAUAUCCGAAGGGUGCUGGUCGUGUGGCGUUCUCCAAUCAGCAAAGCUAUAUUGCGGCCAUUUCGGCACGAUUCGUCCAACUUCAGCAUGGUGACAUUGACAAGCGCGUGGAGGUUAAGCCGUACGUUCUGGAUGAUCAAAUGUGUGACGAGUGUCAGGGUCAACGUUGCGGUGGCAAGUUUGCACCCUUCUUCUGCGCCAACGUAACCUGUCUGCAGUAUUAUUGCGAGCAUUGUUGGGCUCAGAUUCAUUCGCGGUCCGGUCGUGAAUACCACAAGCCUCUCGUUAAGGAAGGAGCCGACCGGCCCCGGGCAGUACCUUUUCGCUGGUGUUAACGCCAGCCACCGCGAUCAAUAUCGACUGCAGCGGGGCGGAUAGCAGGAUCGUCUGCUUUCGGGCCCGCAUCGUCGACGAGAUCGAGUCACAACCACCAUCACGCCAAUGUCAACAGUCAGCAGCAGCAGCACUCACACUACCACCAUCAUCAACAGCCGCCACAUCACCACCAAUCGGGGGCGGCAGUUGGCAAUGGUAGUAUCAGUGCUGCCGGAACCAUUGGUAGCGCAUUCCAAUGCUUUGGCCAACAGCCAGGGUCAGCCAACUACGUUCCCCCACCGCCAUCUUUUCCCUGGUCGAACAGCAACCCUGGCAACAAUGCUGGGAUCGGCCUCGGUAAUGCCAAAUCGAAGCAUCACCUUGGACGAGUAACAACUUCCGGGGGCUUCCUGGCACCACCACCCACACGAUACAACAAUGGCGGCGGUUCCGGCAACGGUAGCAACGGUUGCUCUGUCGGGCUCAUUUCCAGUGGCAGCGGAAGCAGCAGCCCUUCGUCCAUUCGUUGCAGCGGUUCAAUUGAUCAAGCGCUUGCUGGCACUGGCGUGAAUACGAGUAAUUUCAACAAAAGACAACAAGAAGACAUCCUGAAACAGCAUCACCGGAAGAUGCAACAGCAGCAGCAGCUUCAGCAACAAUCGACAACGGUUCCACCGGCUCUAUCAAUCUCAGCAGCCGCAGUCGCCGCCGCCGCUGCUGCCGCGGCUGCUUCCGGUGGUUCCCUCGGGAAUUAAAACUUUUCAAAAGACGGCGGAGAUUUUUCAUGCGAUUAGCGUUUUAUAUAACCCCCAAGACACUAGGAUUAUUCGUUUUUUCUACAUCUACUUAUAUAAAUAUAUACACAUGAAGUUUGAAACUGUUUCCAAACAAAAAGGAAAACCAAGUACGACUGUGACAAAACAGUGCAGUGAGAAAAAUACAAAAUGUGCGAGCGUGGUGUGUUUUUUUGUACAAGAACCAACUUUCACCGAAUCAUCAUAAUAGAGCAAAUGAAAACUUGAAGUAUUAUGAAAAACUAGUAGUUAAAGAAAAGAUUGAAAUAAAACCAUAAUAUAUAUUCUAUAUGCUAAGAAAUGUAACGAUAAUAAUGUUCUUCGCACUGGUCAGAUUGCAACGGCUAUUAGACGUGGGCGAUCCAGUUACAAAGGGAGAUAACCAUGCAAGGAAGAAAAAAGAUAGUGAAUAUUGUUUACAAUUUGUUCACUUUUUAUAUUGAUAAUGCGUUUUUGUUAACUUUUUGUACGAGAAUAAUCGGAUAAGCGAUUGAAUUAAUAUAUAUUGUAAUACUAUUGAAAUCUAAACCAAAACCACUAGACAGUUUAAACAUGGUGUAACAUGAAAUUAAAGUUUGUAUUCCAUUUGAUAUCAUGCGAGAUUCAAGUGUACAUAAAAAAAAACUAAAAAAUGAGAGAAAACAAAUAAUUCAAAGUUUAAAAAACAAAAAGUAGCGAAAGCCACGCAUGGCACCGGUGAGACGUGAGAAAAAUUUCAUACAAAUCAGUUUUUGUGAUAACUAUUUUUGUAGAAACGAUCCACAUUUUCCGACAAACACUUACACACCAUUCACACUAGGCAUGGACACCCUGGAGGACAACUCGAAUGGACUGUCGAAGGUCGCAUAAAAUUCUCUAGAAAAAAAACUGGGUAGAGAAAAAUAGUUAUUUCUACGAAUAAUAACCAAUUAACUCAAUCGUAAAUAUUAUCGGAAGAAAUUUUAUCAGUACGACAGACUGGUACGAAGAAAUCAUUACGGAUAAAGAAUCUUGUAGGAGGGAAGAAUAUAAUUUUUUAUACGCAAAAGUUUUUUAACUCUUGGUAGUACGAGGAUUCGUUCCGUUAGAAAAAUCAUGAUCCGAUAGAUGGCGGAAGCGCAUGAGAGCGCACAACCGAGUGUCUGUUGUUUUUUAAUGUUUUGUCCGGUCAAAGACCAUGAGAUACUGAAACUGGAUGUUGUUAGCAACUGCAACAAGCUAAAUUGUGUUGAAUUUUAUUUUUCGUUUGUCACUCUAUUGAUCGGACACACACUGUUGACGUUAUUCAUCGAUUCCGUUAAACUUUUUAUGAUUUGUCUAUCCAGCAAAAUCAAGUAAUGAAACCUUAAGAUUACCAAAACCACUUCAUAUAACCCCGACUUAAAACUUACUUGUGCGUUUGUGUACAUAUUUAACUUUUUGAAAACUCAAUCGACACAAUCUAUAAAUUGUUGAGAUAAACAAACAAAAAAACAAACACUGCUCCAACAUUGACUUUCAUUAAGAACUGUACAACAUCGAAAUGCGGAAACCUGUAAUUUUGUAGGCUAAAAGUGUCCACACUACUAGCCUGUGGGUCGAGGAACCGCAUUCGAACUUAAAUUCGAAAAAGACAGAAGCUACAAAUUUGUAUAUAAACUUAAAAAAAAAUCUAUAUAACAAACCGAGAACUAGGAAGUCGCUGAUCGGAUACGCAGAGCGAUAGCGACAGAGAAUUCUAUCAGUAGUUGCAAAUGAAAAAAAAAGAAUGCAUCAUUCACACGAACACUUAGAUAGCAGAAUGAAGAAAAUUAUAAUUAAUAGAGGUAAAAACUAGGUACUAGAACAGAAUCUUCAGAAUCGAAAAGAAAGAAAGAUAAAUCAAACUAGAUUAGCCCAAAACGUUGCAAGUCCGUUAAUCAAAAGCGGCAUAUAUCUCCCAGACGCGGUAGGAAAAACUGACUCGCAAGUGGGACACGCUAAUUCGGUAUUCAUCUGUAUGAUUUUUUGCCUGUUUUUAUUUUUUGUUAGUGUUGCCUACGAUUUGUGAUACGAUAAACGUACGUUUUUUUACGGUCAAAAGCUGGUCAAACAAGUCAAGUACGUGUGAAAAUCUGACAAUUUUUUUUCAUCUUCACCUUUUACAUGUGAUCGUGAGAUUCCGCACGGAGUUGGCUGAGCAUUUUUCAAUUUCGAGGACGUCUUGAAGGGUUCACGUCAUUGGACAGCACUUUGACGAUGUUCGCGUCAUUUUCUGGAACAGCAAGAUCCAAAUCGACAUCCCGAUCAAGUCUUAUUAGUAUUUUUAAUCCAGUUUUAAUCCAAUUUUUUAAUCCAGCUCGACAAUUUAUUUUGUUAAAGCUCAAAGCCAAUUUCUGCACACUUUAUUCUUUUCACACCUCAGAUUUCUGUUCAAAUUUAUGCGAGGAAAGCAAUAUUCAAUUCUAUGAAAAAUAUGUCUUGAAGUUUUUUUUAAAUCAAACUAGAGUUUUUUACAGUAAGAAUUCUAAGAAUUGUUUAUGAUAGAACCAAUUUCGAACUAGCGAUAUCAAAUUUUAUACAGCUGAAGCAAAAUAUUUUUCAAUAGAAACAUCACUUAUCAAAUAGAAAAGAUCAGCCGAAAAAUUUAUCUAUAUAUUCUUACCACCCAAAAGAUCAAACGUUAAAAUAUGUUUCAAGGUUUCGCGCUAUAGAAGUAGCACUCGAGGUAGAAAAAAAUUCACUAGAUUUGCUAACGAAGAGUAGAUUUGAUUAAUUUUCUGAACUAAUUAUACGAAAAGGAAGGAAGUUAAAGACUUUUAUAAAACGGUACGUAGGCAGUUGAAAAAGGUUUGUCUUUCAGUUUGCCUUCGGGAUCUCAGAAAAGCAAUAUGAGUUAGAGUGUUUUAAAAAGAUGAAAUCUACCGUUCAAAUAUUUUACCUAAAAUUAUAGAAAACGAUUCCAGUCGAAAUCAAUUGCAACAGAUAAUUGACCUAACUAGUACUAGUUUUUGCAAAAGUUUUAAGGCGUUUUACCAAAAAAAAAUCCAGCUAAUAGUUCCAUUUCCAAAUCAACUCAUUAUCAUAUGAUUUAUAGCAGUGUUGGUAAAUUCUUAUCUGGCUUUUCUUCUGUUCGAUCAUUCAAAUACUAGACCAUACUACUACUGUUCCAAACGUAAUCUGCAAGUUGGCAUUCCCAUUGAUGACCGAGAACAACUCGAUCAUAGCAGGUUGAUUUUGCGAAGAGACGCGAUCAAAUAACGCCAGAAUGCAGGGUUGCUAAUAUGCCUGAUUUUUCAGAAUGUGACUGAUUUUUUGAGGCUCAACCUGAUAACCUGAUAAGCCUUCAGUAAAAAGAUUUUUUUAAAUAAGCCUGAUUUUUAUUUGUGGAUAUGAUGGAAAAUGAAUAGUACGGAACAGCAUUAAAGACAUUAGUGGAGGUCAAAAUUUAGGUUGAUGACAAAAAAAAGGUCGUCACUUCGACCGAAUUUCCGUCAAACUAUGUAUCCUGAUUUAUAUUUCUCAUGUCCCUAAAUUUUGAGAAAAAAAAUGUUGGCAACCCUGUCCGAAUGCAGGAACACGAAUCGAAGUGAAUCGUAGCGGGUCACGAGCGAUACCCGAUAGGAGCCGAAAAUAAACCGAAACAAACCGAACGCUUUCGUACCUGAACAACAACAACAACAACCCAAA